AUGUCGUCUUUAAAAAGUUGUGUGAACUCGUCCAUUGUGGUCUGGUUAAUUUGUAUCACACCAAUACAAACUUUAACCUCAGAGACAACGGAAAAUUUCAAUGAGGCUUUGAGACAAGAAAGAAAAGAAAUAAUGUGUCCCACACAGUGCUAUUGUACUGAAGACAAAACCACGCAGCAAUUUAAUGUAGACUGCUCCAACAGACAGCUACAGAAAAUUCCAGACUUACCUCCACAAACGACGAGGUUGGAUUUAAGCCUGAACAACAUCAACAAUAUCCAGUCAUUUUUCUUCAGCAACCUUACGCAGCUGAGCUACUUGGACUUAUCGUUUAAUAAACUCUAUCACAUUUUUAAUAACACUUUUUAUGGUCUGCAUUCGUUAAAAUGGCUCUCCUUAAUGAGGAACAAUUUAAGUUAUUUAAAUUCAACAUUUGAAUUAGAUGCAUUUAACGGACUAGAUCAACUUGAAAUCUUACAUUUAGAAUGCAACAGUCAAAUUAUAGAUAAUGCGAUAUACCCAGAUCAAGCAAUUUCUAAAUUAAAAAAUCUUAGAGAAAUAAACAUUGACGGUUACCCUGUUCCUUUAGGACCUGGAUUUAGAAACUUAGAUAAGUUAGAGGGCAUAAUUAUAAAACUAUUGAUAUGUUCAUAUUGCAAUAUGGGAUCGACUAUGCCUGACAAUUUUUUCGAGAACAUCGUUUCACUUCGACCUAUGACGAUAGCGCUAUCAGUUUGCUAUAUGUCGUAUUUGCCACCACGACUAUUCAGUCCUAUCAGAAAUCUCCGUAAUCUCGACAUUUCAAAAAAUCGCAUUACGUUCAAAGGUUUUAAAAAUGGAUCCGAAUCUCUAAACGGCUCAAACAUAGAAUCUUUAAAUUUACAUGGCAUUGACAAAGACGGGAUCGAUUAUAAUGUGAUAACGAGACACAUGUUUAGACAUUUAAAAAACACUCCUCUCAAAUAUUUAGAUCUGUCGGGUAACAGAAUCUAUAGUGUACAUAUUUUUGCUUUUGAUGAUUUGCCGCCAACUCUCGAAUAUCUAUCACUGAGGAGGAAUGUAAUAUCCAGGGGUUAUUUCCUUUUUGCAAUUUUAUCUUUGCGGCAAGUUAAAACUAUUGAUACAAGCUUCCAAAAUCAAUAUACUAUACUAAAGAAUAAGACUGAUCCAGAAAGAUAUACAAAUAUUGAAUCUGUUUCUACUAAUAUCGCCAGUAUUGGAGAAAAAUUUUGUGGGAAAUAUUCAUCGGAAUUUUUUACAAAUUAUAAGACUACGCUUGGGAUAAAUAUAACAACAACUAAAAUAAGACGCAUGAUUUACUAUGCUCUUCCACCAACUCUAGAAGUUUUAAUUAGCGGGUCGAUGAAAGUUGAAUACUCCAUCCCUGCCAUAACAAUUUUAAACAAUACAGUACUCAGAUACAUGGACUACUCAAACAACAUGGCCAGGUGCUGGGGAGGGCCCAUGAAUGGACUACCAGCUCUAGAGUAUUUUGACUUAUCCAAAAAUUAUUGUACAAAAAUGAAUUUAAUAUUUUUCAAAUAUCUUACAAAUUUGACGACACUUCUUCUACAAGACAACCUUCUUGGUCCUAUUUUGGCCAAUGACACUUCAGGAAUAGCUUUCUCAACUCUGACCAGAUUGGAGACAUUGAACAUCAGCGGCAACACUAUAACAUCUUUAUCUAGAAAUGUCUUUGAGAAUAACAUCAAUUUAAAAUAUUUAAAUCUCUCUAGAAACGAACUAACAGAUUUCGACAUAGAUAUAAUUACAGUUACCAAAAUUGAGGUUAUUGAUUUAACCGGUAAUUUAAUUUCAGGAUUUUCUGAUAAAAUGUGUCAAGAUUUAAAACAACAGAAAGCCAAAAACACAAAUUUUAAUAUUAGAAUCCAGUUUAAUCGCUUGAUGUGUACUUGCAAGUACCUGUCGUUUGUCCAUCUUCUAAUCACCGACCCAGACAUAUUUGAUAGUGUAGACUCCAUCAACUGUACCACAGCUGACGGCUCCAUCUUAUCACAUGACCAACUGGCAACAUUCUAUCCUCAGUUAAUGAAGAGCUGUGUCUCACAGGAAAUUUUCAUUGGAACUCUCGUUACGUUUUUCAUCGUUCUCGGCACUGUCUUGUUGUCGGCCAUGUUUUAUUACAACAGAUGGAAAUUUGCUUAUCUCUAUUACAUUGGAUCAAAGAAACUUCACAUCGGCAAUAUCUCAUUAGCAUAUAAACCAGUUGCUGAUGUUUUUAUAACCUAUGAACAGGAGCCAGAAUACAUUCGUCUGGCACGAAAUGUUUUCAUCCCACGUCUGAAACAGAACCAUGUGACUUAUGUUAUCGGCGAGGACGACUUCCCUGCAGGCCCACAACAAAACAACAUCGCUGGCGCCAUUGCCGGUACAAGAAAGACUCUCAUCCUACUCUCGCGAGAUAUCUUUGAAGACAGGAACCGGGAACUCGAGAUGAACCUGGCCAUCAUGCACGAAAUGAAUUGUUCUGAUAGGAUCAUCGUGCCUGUUUUUGUGGGUCACUUUCAGGUCAACACCUGGCCCGUAGAGAUCGUGACCUACAUCAGAAACCAGAAUUACCGUUGUUUGUGGUAUGAGGACACGGAAGAGUUUUGGGGAAAUAUGAUUAAUCAAAUAAAGCCGUGA